AAACUUCCUUCACAAUAGCAAUGCUCAACAGUUUUGCGCUGCUCCACGUAGCAUGAAUGCCACGGUAAAUGCUGCACGGCCAAUGCAGAGGACAGAUUGACUAUGCAGCUCCUUUAACUCUAACUCGUGCUUGCUUGACAAUACAAUAUUUCACAACAAGAGGGUUGUUGUCUUUUUUAAAUAUAUUUUUUUGUACAUGUAGGCAAAUAUAACCAACAGGCCUGAAUGGAAUUGUAUCCAUACGAACGAUUCUGAAACCAUGUUCCCGACUAACUUUGCAUGGGGCGCGGCUACAUCCGCUUAUCAAAUCGAAGGAGGCUGGAAUGUGGAUGACAAGGGACCGAGCAUUUGGGACACGUUCUGUCACAAGGGGGGCAGACUAGUGUUCGAGGGCCAGAGUGGAGAUGUCACCUGUAACAGCUAUGAGCUCUGGGAAGAGGACCUCCGGUGUAUCCGUCAGCUAGGCCUGACCCACUACCGCCUGUCUCUGUCCUGGUCCCGCCUGCUACCGGAGGGGAUAACACGGCAUGUCAAUCAAAAAGGUUUGCGAUACUACAACAAAGUGAUCAAUGAUUUGGUGGCUAGUGACGUGUUGCCCAUGGUUACUCUGUACCACUUUGACCUGCCACAAGCUCUCCAGGACCAGGGAGGUUGGAAAUCACCUGAGAUUGCGGCCAUCUUUGACAGCUACGCCCGCUUCUGCUUUGAAUCGUUCGGGGAUCGUGUGAAACUGUGGAUCACGUUGAACGAGCCAUACGUGUGCGCUAAACUGGGCCACGAGGAUGGCAUCUUUGCCCCGGGGGUAAAAGAACCAGGGAUGGCUGCCUACCUGGUGGGCCACAACAUGCUACGUGGCCACGCCAGGGCCUGGCACAGCUACAAUGUCCUCUACAGGGCAAAACAGGGUGGCUCGGUGUCCUUAGCGAUUAAUAGCGACUGGGCUGAACCGUUGGAUCCGGCCAGUCCACAUGACACGGCCGCCACCGAACGCUACCUGGCCUUUACACUAGGGUGGUUUGCCUGGCCCCUGUUUGUCACUGGAGACUACCCAGAAGUGAUGAGGUCUAGUAUUGAGGUCAGAAGCAAAGAACUGGGUUACCAAGAAGGUUCUAGACUGCCCAGGUUCUCUAAAGACGAGCCUAGUCUUCUCGGCACGGCUGACUUUUUUGCGUUGAACUACUAUACGUCUCGGAGGGUGAAGCCAGGGGAAUGUUGUCCAGGGGUGUUGGGGUUGAAGAGUGACCAGGAUGCAGAGGGGGUGGUGGACCCAUCCUGGCCGGUAUGUGGGGUGUCAUGGCUGGCUGUGGUUCCUGACGGCUUGAGGAAACUGCUGAAGUACAUUAAGGACACAUUCAACAACCCUGCGGUCUACAUCACAGAAAAUGGCUUCUCCCAGGUGGGGCCAGUGGACAUGGAUGAUUUCAAGCGUUGUGGGUUUUACCAUGACAUCAUCCAGGAACUAGCCAGAGCUCUCCGAGAGGAUGGUGUUGACGUGCGAGGCUAUUUUGCCUGGUCUCUCCUGGAUAACUUUGAAUGGGCCGACGGGUUCAGCGUACGUUUUGGCCUGUUCCACGUGGACUUCUCUCGACCGGAGCGACCACGGACUGCGUACCGCUCUGGAAGGGAGUAUGCCGGCAUAAUUUCAAAGUACAGAUCUCAGACCAUGGUAAAUAUCUAAACAGCCAAUGGGCACAGUGUUAAUCAGCCAAUAACAGCAAUUUUUUUUGCUCAAUGUUCUGUUCUAAUCGACUGCAACCAAGCUUGGUCCAUUGCAAUUUUCCUACAGGCAAUUUUGAAUUGAAGCCCAUCUGAAACAGAUUGUAGCUCCACUUUUCUCUGUCAACCCUGAAAAGGUUUUGUUAAACAGUGCUAAGCUUAUUCUGCUUCCUUCGCAAUAAAGUGAUUUUUGUCUGAUUUCU